AUGAGCAUUGUCCUAUUGGACUUCGCUAAGUGUGACAUCCUCUUCAAGAACAGUCCCAAACAUGUGACAGUUCAAGCCAAUCCUGGUCUUGAUGUGACGGAAAAUGUGUUGUUGACACUGAGCUGUUCUGCCGAGUCCAACCCACCAGUGAGCUCUGUCACCUGGAGGAAGACGACUGAUGGGAGAGAGGAAAUCAUCCAACAGACUCAGACUCAGACCUUCAGGGUGAAUUCAGCCAGUCCCUCUGACAGUGGACUGUACAGCUGUGAAGCCACCAAUGACAUUGGAAGUGGAAAGUCACAGCCAGCUGAGGUUAAAGUCAGAUAUAAGCCGAGGAAGACGAGCAUUUCUGUCAGUGGCUCUUCUGAUAACCAAGUGAAAGUUGGUGGUUCUCUCACGUUAACCUGUGACACCGAUGCCAAUCCUGACCCGACGACUUACUCCUGGUACCGCAGCAAAAAUCAACAAACUGACUCUUGGUGGAAGACCACAAACAGACAAGAACUGAGUUUAACAAUACAAAGAGCAGAUGAAGCUUGUUACAGAUGCAGAGCCUCAAACCUCGUUGGUGGAGGGGAUGAGAGUCAACCAGUGUGCAUACAAGUACUGUACCCGCCCACUGAACCUAUACUGUCUAUGAGGUCUGAGGUCACAGAAGGUCAGACCAUCACCGUCAGCUGCACUGUUGAAAGUUUCCCACAGUCAACUCUCACCUUGAUGAGGACCAACACAUAUCAGGCUUUUUUAAUCGCUGAAAAUAAUCUUUAUUCACGACCCAUCAACACUCUCUCCCACACGUUUACUGUGACUUCAGCCGACGCUGGCUGGUACGUCUGUCGUGCCCAGAACACUGAGGGCUCAAAGGACAGCAAGCAGAAGGAAUUGGUGGUGAAAUACAGUCCCAAACAUGUGACAGUUCAAGCCAAUCCUGGUCUUGAUGUGAAUGAAAAUGUGUUGUUGACACUGAGCUGUUCUGCCGAGUCCAACCCACCAGUGAGCUCUGUCACCUGGAGGAAGACGACUGAUGGGAGAGAGGAAAUCAUCCAACAGACUCAGACUCAGACCUUCAGGGUGAAUUCAGCCAGUCCCUCUGACAGUGGACUGUACAGCUGUGAAGCCACCAAUGACAUUGGAAGUGGAAAGUCACAGCCAGCUGAGGUUAAAGUCAGAUUUUCUCCAAAACACACACACAUCAUGGAGUCGGCAGAGAAGCAGGAGCUUGACGGGAGGAGCUCCGUGAUGCUGAGCUGCUUCAGUCACAGCUUUCCCCCAGUCCAACACUACUCAUGGUACAGGAAGAGUCAGGGCAAGGAAAAGGAUGAAAUUGUGUCCAAGCAUCAAAACCACACAGUGUACUCAAACCAGCCAGGAGUCUACUACUGCAUCGCAGAAAAUGAAGUAGAUCAACGUUCGUCUGAUCCCGUCCAUCUGUUUGAACGAAACUCUCUGCACAUCCUGAAGUUCAUCGUUCCUGCUCUAUUUGUCCUGAUGAUUGUCAUUAUAUUCGUCGUAGUUUUAAGAUUCAGAAAGAAGAAAUCUAUUCAACAAGGAACAACUAACAGAACAUUCUUAUUUUGUUUUUUUGGUGAUGAAACAUUUGCUGCCUCUACACAAAACCCCACAAGACAGAAAGCUGGAAACACCGAGGAUGAUUCUGUCCACUACCCUCCUCUGGACUUUAAGAAUAAGAUAAAGAACAAGCAAACAAAGGUGGAAGAAGACUCUGUGUAUUCGAAGGUGUCCAACCCAACGCAAAAUGAACCAGAGAGCCUGCAGGACUAUGAAAACACUAGUAAUGCAACUGCACAUGCACCAACAUCUCCAAAUCUACUUGACGACCACACCAGUGAAGGUGAAGUGGAGCUGAACUUUCCACAGGUGAGAUUCACAACGACGCCCCGACGUCAGACGACCAACAGAGACUCCAGCAGCUCACACGAAGAUGAGAGUUAA